AUGAAAGACAGCACAUUCUGGCCGUCAGUCCCAGAACCAGCACUGUCGCUGGUGUGCGGAGGUAUAGCAGGCGCCCUGUCGCGAACUACGGUGUCGCCAAUGGAACGCGUCAAGGUGUUGCAGCAGGUCCAAGGGUCAACAAACUCGUAUAGACAUGGAACUCUGCGCUCGAUACACCAAAUUUGGCAGGAGGAAGGCUACAAGGGACUGUACCGUGGGAACGGGAUCAACUGUGUGCGUGUGGUGCCGUACUCGGCUGUCCAGUACUCUGUUUUCCAAGCUUUAAAGUCUGCUCUUGCUGACAGCGACGGUUCGUGGUCGAUUCCGCGUCGGCUUUUCGCGGGCACUGUCGCUGGCUUCAUGUCUGUGCUGGCCACGUACCCGAUGGACCUGGUCAAAACGCGACUUUCUGUGCAAACGGCUGCGCUCCAGAACCUCAAACAUCGCACAUCCAAGGAAGCACCGCCAGGCAUGUGGGCUAGCAUGCUCAACAUCUACAGAACAGAGGGUGGGAUAAAAGCGUUAUACCGCGGGCUGAUUCCGACAUCGCUGGGGGUGGCCCCGUACACGGCUCUGAACUUUACAAUAUACGGGAAGCUGAAAGAUUUGGUCCCUGAGCGGGCUCGUAACAACCCUUCCACGGCGCUCGUGCUGGGGGCCAUCAGCGGCGGCGUGGGACAGACCCUGAUCUACCCAAUGGACGUACUAAGACGACGGUUUCAGGUGGCCACGCUCGGGGGCGGAGAAAUGGGGUUCCAGUACAAGUCUACCCCGGACGCAUUAGUGCAAAUUGUGCAACGCGAGGGAUACGUGGGGCUCUACAAAGGGUGGGGGGCCAACAUGUGGAAGAUCUGUCCCUCAAUGGCUGUGCAAUGGAUGAGCUACGACCUGAUUCGGCGAGUUUUGGAGUGA